GCGCCCUUUCCAUUCCGGGACGCCCAGGCGGGCAGAGCGCGGCGCCGGCUGGAGACAGGCGGGCCAGGGCCGGGACCGGAGCGGGGCCGCACGCCGGCCGGUGGAUCCUGCAGCCGGGGCCUCCCUGCAGCGCCCCCCCGGAUCCGCCGCGCCUCGGGGCCGGGGCGAUGCCGAGCAGCCCGCGGGCGGCCGCGGCCGGGCAGCCCCGCGUUGGAACGUCGAGACGCUGAAAAUUGUUACAUCGCGUUCGGAAGUUGGAAGCGGCCGCGACGCCGGGGCGCGGCGGAGCCCGCCGCGGGGAGCCGCUGGGGUGCCGCUGACCUCCGCCCCGCUCGGCCUUGUAUGGACUUUGCUGCUUGCCUGCAGCCAUGGGGAAAAUGCUGUCCAAGAUUUUCGGCAAUAAGGAGAUGCGGAUUCUGAUGCUAGGGCUGGACGCAGCCGGCAAGACCACCAUCCUUUACAAGCUGAAGCUGGGCCAGUCGGUCACCACCAUCCCCACCGUGGGCUUCAACGUGGAGACGGUGACCUACAAGAACGUCAAGUUCAACGUCUGGGAUGUGGGGGGCCAGGACAAGAUACGGCCCCUCUGGAGACACUACUACACAGGUACCCAGGGGCUCAUCUUCGUGGUGGACUGCGCCGAUCGCGACCGGAUCGACGAAGGCCGGCAGGAGCUGCACCGCAUCAUCAACGACCGGGAGAUGCGUGACGCCAUCAUCCUCAUCUUCGCCAACAAGCAGGACCUGCCCGACGCCAUGAAGCCCCACGAAAUCCAGGAGAAAUUGGGACUGACGCGUAUUAGGGACAGGAAUUGGUAUGUCCAGCCCUCGUGCGCGACGUCCGGGGAAGGACUCUGCGAAGGUCUGAUGUGGCUGACGUCCAAUUACAAAUCCUAAUCCUGGCUUUUUGUACCCGAGCCCGCGCACGAGUCUCUAACCAAUGAAACUUUAUUUCCCCAUCCCCACCCUAUAGCCCCAUCCUCCCCCACUCGUCUGUUUCUCUUUCUCUCUCUCUGUCUCAGAAUUGCUGGUGGGGUGGGAUUGGAUCCCUGCUAUGGUACCUUGGCACUCGCCCUCUAAAAUGGGGGGGCCUGGGGUGUCGUGAAUGCUGCGGGCUUGGGCGGGGGCAGCGGGGGGUGGCUCUUUAGAUCUGAAUGCAAGCCAGUUUUUUUUCUUGUUUCUGAUUGUAAAUCCUGUAGAGUUUUAUUAUUUAAUUAACUUGGGAAGCAGGGGAUGGGUGUAGACUCUCUCUCCUUCUCCUCCCCUGCAGCUAUGUUCACAGGGGCAGAUCAUCUGGUGCUAUUGGGGUGCCCUCGACAGCAGCCCUUCUCACCUGUGGUUCACGGAAUCCAUCCCGUUCCUUAUGUCCUGGUGGUCUGCAGAACCAACUGGGGGGCGGCGGGAGCGUUGGAGAUCUCUCAUACUAGGCACUUAAGAUUUUUGCAUUGGAGUGGCAGGUUCAUGGGAGCAGCUUAUGGGGGUCCCCCGUCCAGCUGCCCAAUAACCCACGAAUAUAAGAAUGUCCUUGCCUGUUGGGAGUGACAGCUGCGUGCCCCGAUCAAACUCAAUCUCGGAUGAUCCUUAUUUAUCCCCCUGCCCUGCCGUUCUUCUCUGCCACUGACCCAGCGCGGGUGAGGUGUGAGGGCUGUCCCAUGUGUGGGAGGGGACUGGGCCGUGCACGCCUUGGUGACUAGCUUACCCUGGCGGGAGGAGAGCUGGUGUCCUGGGGAGACGCAGACACGCCCACAUGUCUCCGCCCAAACCAGUUUCCCCAGCAUGUGGGCGGGGGGAAUCAAAGAGCCCAUUCAUCAGAGCCGCCUUAGAGGAGUGGCUCUCGCCCGAAUCCUGGGGCUACCUGUCCUUGCCGGCUUACAUUCCUGUUCGUGGGGAAUGCGGCCACGGGGCUGGUGGAAAUCCAGGGGGCGUCCGUCUCAUGGGAUGUCAGUGGGCCUUGGAUCAGGCCCAGCUGGGAUCGUAGUUAACCCGUGGGUGUGGCUGCACCCCUUCCCUGGGACUCCUCCAAAGCUCUGUCCUUUGCUGCGCUGCAGGCUGGGACCUGGGUGGGGCGGGGCAGGGGGUUCCCUGGUAAAUGCCUCGCAUCCAUCUCCUCCCCCCCCAGCUUAUCAAUUGGGGUACAGGUUUCCCCCUGCAUGGGCUCCAGGCCAUCUGCCCAUAGAGCCCUCCCAGUCUGUGACCAUCCCAGGCAUGGGCUGCCAAUACCCCAGGGAUCUGCUGAAGCCAAGCAAGGGGGUCCUGAUGGGAAUGUUUGGGGGAAGGGACCCCUUUAGUCUCUGGGAUAUGACUUCGCUUCCUAUUGGUGAGGUAUCCCCAGGGCAAAGGGAGGAGGGGCCAGUGUGUGUAGAGAGAGGACCCCACCACAUUGGGGGGGCCCCAUGGCUAGGGAAAGUCAUGUUCCCAGUUUCCAGUGGGAGGAGCAGAAGUGGCAUUUGCUUGCAGCUGUUGGCCCGGCCCCUCUUCCUAUGGGGUGACAGGCUCUGCCCCCCAGCUCCUCCCCGCUCUGUCCUCUUAGCAUCCUCCUCCAAUGCCCACAAGGUGGCAGGGGCUGUUGCCAAGGAAACUGCAUCCAGCAGAGGCUGAUGAUCCUGGUGGAAGGGGAGGAGCAACGGGAUGGGGGGGUAGCACCGUUUGGUGGGAGCCCUGUCCUUCCUUGGAGGGAGGGUGCGAAGCGGCCAUGCCAAACUGGAGCUGUUCCCCUUCCCUCUUAACCCUCACACACGCAGCGCUUCCCCCUUGGGGCCCCCUGCCCCCUCUGAUUUCAGGCGGCUCGCGCCCAGCCCCCUGGUUCGUGGGCCUUUUUCUCGCUCUUCGGGGAGGCAAAGCCGCCACCUUGCGAAACCUGCUAGACGAGGGAGUGGAUUAAACUCUUUUUCCUCCACUGCGUGGGUGCUGCUCCAACCGAACCCAGUGCUGGAAUGAGUUUUGCCUGGCCUCUGCCUGCCCCGCCCAAGGCCUGUUCGCACCCACCUCCCCCUGUUUCCACCUGCCACACACAUCCACUAAGAUGUGCCAUCCCAUCCUGCCAGGAUCCAGCUGCUGUGGCUUUGAGCAGGGACUGGUCUGGGAAGGAGUCUCCCUAGAGCCAUGUCCCCACAUCCCCUCCUUAUCUCUGAGUCCUGGGGGCAACGCUUGAGGGAAAUCCCACACUCCCAUCCCUGCAGCCGGGCUCCCAACCUACUCCCUGGGCGUGCCCCCCUGGGAGAGAAUGAAUCAUAACUAGGAAAAGGGGCAGUGCCUUCCCCCCUCAGGUGUCUGAGUGUCUAAUUACUGAGGAGUCAACGCCAGCCGGCCGGCCCCUUUUUCUUGCAAGCCGGCUCCUGGCAGCCCCGGUGCCACCCACUCUGCAAAUGCCGCCUCUCCCCAAGGCUUGGCCUUGUAAACUUUGUCCCUGCCUCUCGCUCGAACCCGGCUCGGCCAUGCGGAGCAGGGCGCAGGACGUGCCUUGACUCCGAGGGGAGACUAGCCGGUGUCCUGAUGCUGCCUCUGUCCUUAAGGCUUCCAGCAUUACCUUCCUUGGCGGGAGCACUCAAAGGUGCAGGUGUGCCAGUUCCCCCCCCUCUGAUGCACGUUUUGGCUGGCAAGAAGCCCCAUGAUGCAGUAGAAGCGAGGCACAUGGCAGUGCCAGUUCCACCACAGGGCUAGAGGCGAGUGUGUGAUGGGCAGAUUUAGGAGCAGAUUUCCUCUAACAUUCCAGUUUAGUACAUGUCUUUCCUUUUGCUCCCCCCUCGCUUCCAAAAUUCCCCCUCUGGCACAGGGGGCCCAGUUUGCUCCUGCUCCCUGCUGAAAUGAAGCUGGAAUUGAUGAGACUGUGGCUCUUGUUUGUUUACUGCGGGACAGCUGUGAUUCUUUGGGCAGGCUCCUCUUCCUGCAGAAAAUAGAAACGGGCUCGGGUUUUUUUCCCCCCCUCCCACCCCCCCCUGCUCCUGCAUCUCAUACAGGGUGAGCAGGCCAAAGCACUUAAGUCUGGGCGUGCGUCUGGCACAAGCAGCUUCUACCGUAGGGGUGGCUGCAGAGCAUGAGUCCCAUGUAUUCUUCCUCCAAACUCAGCUGAUCGGCCAUGUUAACAGUGCGUGCCGGCUGUCCCAGCCUGCAUUCCCGAGACGCAACCCUCGCUGCACCGGGGGGGCCGCACCGGCCAUACGGCUUUAGCAGAAGCUGCCGCUGCAAGGGGGCGUCGUAGGGCUGUUUCCGCUCCCUGGAGCGGGCUGAGCUGGGGCUGUGAAAUAAGCGUCUCCUCGUUACACAGAUGUUCAUCUCAAGAGCGUACGCUGGUGUGGAAGCUGAUCCUGCUGUGCGGUGGGUGGCUGCCUCCGUAAUCCUGCGUCGGGUUUGGUUCUGAUCCAGAGCUGGUGGAGCGUUUACCUUCCCUGUGUGAAGUGGGGCUGUCCAAAACCUUCCUCCUGAAGGGGAGAGAAUUGGAGACUCUUGUGCCUUUACUGGAGUGCCACUGUUGUGAAAAGGAAAACGAAGGUACUUUAAGAGCCAGCUGUAAGAUGUGCUGGAAACCCCUGGGGGCUGUAAUCUGCUUGGGGAGAUGCUACACCGGGGAAGUAUUCUCUACUGUACCUGUAACCUGGGAAGAUUUAGCAUCUCCCAUUUUUCGUUGGUAAAUUUCUCCCUGCAGCCGGAGAGGCUGCAAGUGCAGUCUGUUUCAAAGGGCUCAUGACAUUCAAACUGUGUGAGGGUUUUUUUUUAAGGUGUUUUUUUUUCUUUCUAAUCUUUAUGCAAAUGAAAAUCUUUUUUUAAAAAUCGUA